AUAAAAGUCCCCAUAAAGAAUCUAUAAGUUGUGUAAGAUAUCAACUGUGAAACAAUACGCACACCACAAAUCUUCCCAAAUUGGCUAAUUCCAGAGAAUCAAAAACUAAUAAAUCUUCAUCAUGUCUUGUUGCGAUGUUUACGACGAAAUGAAUUUAUAUAUAACUCCAGACAAAUUCAUAGUUGAACCAAAUGGUAAAGAUGAAUUACUUGUCAUCGAUCGGGUCUCAAAUUAUGUCAAAGUCCAAGUUAAAUCGAAUCAGUUAGAUGAUCAAAUACCAAUUCAUCGGAUAUGUGGAAUUCUUGGAACUAUCCGACUCCUUGGCGGACAAUAUUUGAUUGUUGCCACUCAUCGACUCUUUGUGGGUAUUGUCAGUAAUGCAGUCAUCUGCCGAUUGGCUGGAUUCGAUGUGAUACCUUACAUUCCAUCAAUGGACCAUUUAACACAAACCCAACGCGAACAAAACGAAACCUAUUUGAAUAUGAUUCGUAAAACUCUGGAAACACAGUAUUUCUACUUUUCGUAUUGGUAUGAUUUGACGCACACUCAACAACGAUUGCAUUCAAUGCCUCCAGAGUUUUUAAACAAUGGACUCUUGGAACGGGCAGAUAGUCGAUUCGUUUGGAAUGGCACAUUGCUGAGGAAUUUCAACUGUCCUGACAUGAAAAAGUUUGCUUUGCCUUUAAUCAUGGGAUUUGUAUCUGUUAACCAAGUAACCAUCAACGGUCAGACUUUUCAUUGGUCAUUGAUUUCACGUCGAUCAAUUCAAAGGGCUGGAACACGUCAUUUCAGUCGGGGCAUAGACGAACAUGGAAAUGUUUCGAAUUUCGUCGAAACCGAACAACUAAUCGAAUACAACGGACAACGAAUAUCAUUUGUCCAAACACGUGGCAGUAUGCCAUUCUUUUGGCGUCAAACACCAAAUCUACGCUACAAACCACCUCCAGAAUUGGUCCAAGGCAAAGAUCAUCUGCUUGCCUGCAUGAAGCACUUCGAUGCACAGUUACAAUUAUAUGGAAAACAAGUUUUAGUUAAUUUGGUUGAUGACAAAGGAGCUGAAGGAACCCUGAAAAAGGCUUUUGAGAAGUUUGUCAAUCAAAUGAAUAAUCCACUUGUACGAUAUGAGUCUUUUGAUUUUCAUCUUGAGUGUAAAAAUAUGCGUUACGAUCGGUUGAAUAUUCUGAUUGAUCGUUUGGCCUACGACCAGGAUGAGUUCUCAGUAUUUCAUCUAAGUGAAGAUGGUGAAAUCGUAUCUUCCCAAGAUGGAUUAUUCCGUACGAAUUGCAUCGAUUGUUUGGAUCGAACGAAUGUCGUUCAGAGUAUGCUGGCGCGGCGAUCUCUAAAUCAAGUGCUGGUAAAGCUGGGAAUUCUAAAAACUGGACAAAAGAUCGAAACAAUUUCUCCGGAUUUUGAAGCUACAUUCAAAGGGGUGUGGGCAGAUCAUGCAGAUAUGAUUUCCCUUCAAUACUCAGGUACUGGUGCCUUGAAAACCGAUUUUACACGCACAGGCAAACGAACCAAAACAGGCCUUCUCCAAGAUGGAAUCAAUUCUUUAACAAGAUAUUAUUUGAAUAACUUUUGUGAUGGUUUCAGACAGGAUGCUAUAGAUCUCUUUUUGGGUAACUAUAUGAGAUCUCCAGUGGAUUUCUUGUUUCUAGAGACGUAAUAUCGGUCAUUAAGAAACUUUCGGUCCCCGAGAUAUUUCUUGAGCUGAUAAAUGAUCAGCUAUUCAAUGACCUUGGACGUGUGGUUAGUGCGUAGUACAGUCAUGUCGAAGGUUUUGGGUUUAAUAUCUGCCUGUGUGACCUAAAGUUUUUUUUCACGUAUACUGCCUCUUGCGAGGAAGAAUCAUUCUAGUCAUGAAAAGUGCUUUCUCAAAUUAGCCGGUUCGGAAUCGGCAUAUAAAAAAAACUGUAAGUUCCCUCCAUUCCUGAAAUUACUUUCACACAGGAAUGGGUGAGAGUUGUAAGUUACUAGGCCCUGGUUCGCUAAGAGCUAUUGCGCCAGCUAAUUUAUUAAUUAUAUGUUUAGUGGGCUUACCAGCGUUGAAGAGCACCUACUCAAACCGAGUUGGGAUACCAUAUGGCCUAGUAAAUUUGUGAAUGCCUGGAUCUCUUAGGAAUCUGGCUACAGUACGAGUUCGAAAGUAGAUUUGUGCCAUGUAAGGGCCAAGUCAUAAUAUUCUCCUGCGUCGAAGAGUUGGCUUCGAGCUGUUAAAUGAUUAGUUUUCUUUAGAGAAUAAUCAAAUGGAGGGGCUUCAAUGACAAAGAGCAUAGGAACCAGGGAAGAAUUCCUUAUAUUUUGUUCACUCAUAAUAAGUUUAAGGUCUUCCUGGUUUGUUUAAAUCAAUCCAUGAGUAUCCUUUGGAUCUGAUUUGUUUAGCCCUAUUUCGGGGUAAAGUUCCCAUUCCUCAAAUAAUAGACCUUGUGAUUAUAAAAGCACUGAAGAUCCUGAUAUAAUUUUUAAAACCAUUUUAGUUAACUUUCAUCUCUUUCUCUGCUAUUUUUUCCUAUUAAUUCAUGCAAGUGACAUGGUCAUUGAAACUUUUUCACUCAACAACAUAAGACACUUCCAAUUAGUUUUGAAUACGAGUACUGUUAAUUAUUUGCACCUUAAGGUGUACAAUAUGUGCGCCUUACCAUAAAAUAUGCAUUUCCAUAGUAAAAUAGGAGUUAUGUGUAAAACUUAAUUGGCUUUAAAUUGAUCACAUUAGAAUGCCUUCCUGACUUUGAAAGGCUGUCUUAAGAAUAGUCUCUUCGAUCUGUAUUUGACAGCGAUGGUAAAAUUUAAUGGAGCUGUAAGAACCAGAACCAUCAAAUAGCAACACUUUGUGCUUUGAAUACAUAAAAAUGUGAAUCCAUUAUGUAAAAUGUUUGGUUUGGUGUGAAACAAAUAAGACUCACUGUCUCCUGAAGACUAAAUAAAACACUUGCUGUCAUCAUGAAGGUAUCAUAUAUGUAUGUACAUAGUUGUAAAAAUAAACGAUAAGUAACAAAACUUGAAUAAA